AUGAGGCCGGCGGGCGGCGGGCUGGUCUGUCCGUGGCUCCUCAUCGCCGUCCUCGUACACUCCUCCUUCCUCGCCUCCACUGUCUUCACGGCGGUCGACGCCGCCCGCACGUCGACGUUCGUGGUGACGACGACGGCCCCGCUGCCGAUGGCUCCAGCACCAUCGCCCGCCGACAACAUGCUCGGGGAAAGCAAGAGGAAAGUGCCCACAGGUUCCAACCCAUUGCACAACAGAUGA